GCUGGGGGGAUGCUGGCGGAUUAUGAGGCGGGGAUUCCAGUGACCCAGGUAUUGGUCCAGUGUUCGAGGGUCAUCUCUUCACUAUAAUAACACAUCAGCUUUAACUGGCAUCUCGCCUCAGUGACUUAUUGGCUCUCUCAGCGCUGCAGGCUCUCGUGACGGAAGUGAGCCACUUAGACUAGCUUUUAUCCUUUCUGUGGCCUUUAUUGUUGGUGCUGAUUUUUCUCAUAACGUGAGAUACGAUGCGAAUUCGGACAGGGAUCGCCUUGGUUUUCCUCGCAGCUUUAACAUUUGUUGCGGCUGAGGACGGAGAUAGCAAAGAAAGCGUGAUCGAACAGUUGGUUGUGGAGACACUGGUGAAGCCGGAGACAUGCACGAUUACAUCAGAGAUGGGAGACACGCUUCAAAUCCAUUACACGGGUCGAUUAAUGGACGGGAAGGUGAUUGACACCUCUCUGUCUCGUGAGCCUCUGGCCGUAGAGUUGGGCAAGAGGUCUGUCAUCACAGGUCUAGAGCAAGCCCUGGUCGGAUUGUGUGAAGGACAAAAAAUCAAGGCCACGAUUCCAGCUCAUCUCGCGUAUGGAAAGAGAGGAUUCCCUCCAACCAUUCCAGGGGACAGCACACUUGAGUUUGAGGUGGAGGUGAUCUCUCUGUCCCAGCAAACGCAGUGGCAGAAACUAGUUAAUGACAUCUUGCCUCUUUUGUGCUUGGCACUGGUUCCCACUUUACUGGGUUUAGUGGGUCUCUACCUCUACAACAAAGCACAGGCACAACCUCACAGCAAGAAGAAGAGCAAAGACAAGAAGAGCAAGAAGAAAUAAGAUC